AUGAGAAUCGUGGAGAUCAAGAAGACUCUACAAUGGGGUGUGUCGGGCGGAGGGAGGAGGGGGGUGGCCAUCCCAGCUGUGCCGGCAGAGGCCCCGGGGAUCCGCCUGCGCCCCCGGCCCCUGGCUGACGGUGUUCGAAAGACGCGCCCACCCCCUCCCCCCCACCGCCACCGAACCUUGGACCGCCUUGCCGCCCCCCUGUUCCCCGGCCCGGGGCCAUGUGAAGACCGAGUCCCCAUAGGCCUGUGGAGGAAGCACGGGGGAAGCUGUGGUUCCCGUAUCCCUGCCAUGGCGGCGGCGGCGGCUGCAGCUGCUGGAGCUGCUGCUGCUGGGUCCCCGAGGACUCGGAGAACAGAAACUGCAGGCCCGAGAGACGCCGAUCUCUCUUGGGGGUGGGGGGGUGGUUCAUGCGUGUGCACCCCGACUCCCGGGGCCCAGACAGAGCAGCAGCAGUGGCCUCAAGGGCAGAGGAGGUGGCAACGGGUGGGAAAUGGUGGAGUAUUUGGCCUCCAUUCAAUUGUUCCAUUUUAUUUCAAAAUUGGAGCUUGUCGUUAUGGAGACAGAUGUUCUCUGCUGCACGAUAAACCAGCCUUUAGCCAGACCAUCUUGAUUCAAAGUAUAUCUAUCUUAAACCUCCAAAAUAGUGCACAGACAGCUGAUGGCUCACAUUAUGAUGAAUUUUUUGAGAUUUUUGCAGAAAUAGAAGAAAAGUAUGGUGAAGUUGAAAAAAUGAAUAUUUGUGAUAACCUUGGGGAUCGUCUUGUAGGAAAUGUAUAUGUAAUGUUUCAUUGUGAAGAAGAUGCAGAAAAGGCUGUCAUUGUUAAUCCUUACUAUUUUAGUGGACAGUCAAUUCAUGUAGAACUUUUACCUGUGACUGACUUCAGAGAAGCUUGCUGUUGCCAAUAUGAAAUGGGAGAAGGUACAAAAGAGCUUUCUGUAACUUUACAUCUGAAACCCAUCUCUAGACAACUAAGGCGGGAGUUAUAUGGGCAUAAUCAUAAGAAGUAUGGGUCCCAAUCAAGGUUUCAUAAACAUCAUUCUAAAUCAAGAGAUUGUGGGUUUGGUGAUGGAGGUGGCAGUGGUGGUGGUAGAAGGGAAUGUGAUAGGAGGUGGUCAGGAGAUGGUGAAAGAUCUCAACUGGUGAAUAACAUUAAGUAA